GGGAAUAUUUCAUCUGCUACAAAAGAGAUUUCAUAACCGAUGUGGAAGAUUGUUUUCUUUGGUGUGAUGGGUGAUGAGUUGGGGCAGGCCGGGCGACGAGGGCGGAACAGGAAUCGCAUGCAUGGGUUUAAAUAAGUGCUUCUGUGUUGUGUUCAUUCACACUCGAUGCUGUUCAACCAUGGAGCUCAAAGCAACAUCUGUCCUGAUUCUCGUGUGCUUCACCAUCAUCAUCAUCCUCACCAGCACUGAAGUGGAUGCCAUUCCCAGUUGCUGUUUGACUGUUACUAAAAAGAUCUCUAAACGCAUGCUGAAAUCGGUCUCAAGACACAUGAUCCAGAACAGAUCUGGAGGCUGUGACAUUGAUGCACUGGUAUUAUUCACCAAAAAUAAGAUCAUCUGUGCUGAUCUCAAAGUCCUAGAAAAAUUGGAGAAACUCAAGAAGAUGAAGAAUCACAAACCCAAGCGGACUCAAGCCAGGACUGGAUGAACAUCAUCAUCUGACUUACAAUGCAUUAAUCUACCGGCAGUUUCAGUAUUUCUUGCAUUGCAUGUAUUAAAACUCCUUUUUGCAGUUUUUUACUACAAUAUACUUUUUAUAUUCUUUGUAUGCUUGCUCUCCUUUGUAUACUCCGUAAGAUACCCCCCC